AGUUAGCAACAUUCUCAGAGGGUUCCGACAUCGUCUUCUUCUCGCGGGUAGAGGCUUUCAUCAUGUCGCAGGACCGGGGGAAGGAUCCGAUAGACUCGUCUACAAGCGCCCGACAAGGUCAUAACACGAAGACGUUUGACUCCCCGUUCAAGGUCAACCCGAAAGUCGACGGCAAGAGGGACGACUUAGUGUGGCAUUUCGUAGCCGGAGGACGUUAUUUGGAUGGGUCGACGACGGCGGGUAGGAAGAGCGGUCGUCGAUGCCUGUGCAGGUUGUGCGGACGUUCGAUUUGUGGGGGCGCUAAAGCCGCCAAGGAAUACUUCUCAAAGAGCGAGAUGUUAUGUUGUGAGGCAGCCACUCCUGCUAUGUGGAAUGCGAUCUGGUCGAAGGACAUGACAAAAUGUCCGAAGGAGUUCGCGUCGGCCAUAGAAGCGUUGCAGAGCUUAUUGCCAGGCCAUUCGAGCUUGCAGUGGUCACCUCUUCGAUUCCCCAAGGACGCAGUGCCACCGCCGGUUCCUGCCACCGCCCCUUCAGGACGGGUCGCAUCGCCCAAUUCUGGGGCUCUGGCUAUUCGAGUCACGACAACGCGUCCUGCAACAACAGUUGCAACACAACCGGCCGCCCCACCGUCUGCACCACUGGCUGCGACACGAGGUGCUCGCGAUGUGGAAGUUGGUCGUUCCACGCCAGCCAACGAGCCCCCGCCUGUGAGGAAUAGUGCGGGCUCCGCGACAUUCGACGAGGAGAGCACACGUGCUUUUAUUGAGAGUCGCAGGUGGGGGGGGAGUGUCGGCAGUUCAGCCGUGCUCGCCCCUGUGUUCAAGGGUGCUAGACAGUCACAUGCUGCACAAUGUGGUGCUGCGGUGGCGCCCGGCGCAUCGCCCCACAGUUCAUCGGAGCACCCCUGGUUGCCACCGCCCCCGUCGCGAGCGGCGCAGCGUCCAGUGGUCCACCACACUCAUGCAACCGCCCUCCUGGAUCCGUCACACGCACCUGCAGAUGGUCGACAAUCUGCCUCCGUGCCUCGUUUCGGGGAACAGGCGGAUUAUGGGGUGCCUGCAAAGGAGGUCCCCGCUCCGGUGUCCGAUUCAUCGCCGACCCCGAUUCCGACAACGACGGGUGGUGGUCGGUCUGCCCCACAGCCUCCACCCUUGUUGACCAGAUCGUUAGACCCUUUGCAGCGCAUUCGCGACCUUGCAGUUGCCCAGAGCGCGACACCUGUGAGUCCUGGCGAGUUGGUUGAGGAGCGUGUGGACGACAAUGGCACGUCUGGUGGUCGCUUCGUUUUGAAGCGGUUGAGACACGGGGGCAGGCGGGAUGAGAGUAUUGCGUCUCGUGUGCGCAGACGUCGUGUCCAGAUUGCGAUCGACAUGGGGCACGUGACAUGCGGCAGGACCCGGUUGCCGUGUCAGAGGACGAGAUGGGAGAUCCUUCCAACGAGACGCGCCGUGACCCGGUUCACGCAGAGGCGAUCAUUCAUGGGGUCACCAGCGCCGGUUGUUGGCACUGAGGAGGAGACGGAGUUCGGAGGACCCGGCCCACUCCGCCAGGGGCAGACUUGGUGCACUACAGCAGGCGCCCUAGUCCACUCCACAGGAGUGGGUUUGGAGGACGAGGAGUCACGACGUGAGCCGCCUCCUCACACGAGUGACGGCGGUCCAAAGGAUGGAGAGGUUGCACCCACUCCCACUUGUGGACAGGACAGGGAGGACGAACGUCCUCCGACGGGCCACCUCGUCGGCAUCGACUGCCCGCUCGACAGUCUUCCGCGCACCGACGAGCUAUUCACCAUGGAUUCCGCCUUGGCAUCUCUGCCCGAUGUAUCGCUACUGAUAUCUCCCACUUUGCCGGUUGUGGCACCACCGGAGCAUGCUGGACGAGAUGACGCGCGUCGUGAUAGAGGGUUCGACGAGUUCAGCGGCGACACGAUACUGCAUCCUCCACAUUCCGGCACUCCCGCCAUUUUUCAUGUCAGUGCUAUGUGGGCGGUGGAGCAGGGGUUGGCGGAGGAGGUGGCACGUGGUGGACCGCCCGUCGCAGCACAACGAAGUUUGGGAGGUUCACUAGAGGCAGCGUCUGGAGAUUUUUUGGCGCAGGGGGAUCAUGGUUCGCAGCUGUUAACGGACGGCGUAUCAUCAGUCCGUCCACCGGAAGAGGGCCCGCAGCGAGAGCCACAUCGAGGCCCAGCGGAGACUUUAGAGGCGAGGCCUCCCAGAGUUAUCCACUCGGAUGGAGGCGAGGGCGUGAGCCAGGAUACGGUGUAGCUAGGGAGCGCAAAUGGCGGACGGUCCUUCGGGGGGGGCAUCGAGCGCAGAGAGUCAUCGACCGCACACCCGAG